AUGGCCUCGGACGAGAUUGUCUGGCAAAUCAUCAACCAGCAAUUCUGCUCCUUCAAGUUAAAAACGGAAAAGCAGCAAAAUUUCUGCCGCAAUGAGUACAACGUCACGGGUCUCUGCAACCGCCAGUCGUGCCCGCUGGCCAACUCGCGCUACGCCACGGUGCGCCAGCACCCGACCAAGCAGACGCUGUACCUGUACAUGAAGACGGUCGAGCGCGCCCACCUGCCCUCCAAGAUGUGGGAGCGCAUCAAGCUGUCCAACAACUACUCGCAGGCGCUCGAGCAGAUUGACGAGCGCCUCAUCUACUGGCCCAAGUUCCUCGUCCACAAGUGCAAGCAGCGUCUCACCCGCCUCACCCAGGUCCAGAUCCGCAUGCGCAGGCUCGCCGCCGAGGAGGAGCGUCUGGGCGAGCGCCUCGUGCCCAAGCUCGCGCCCAAGAUCAAGACCCGCGAGCGCGCCCGCGAGCGCAAGGCCGAGGCUGCCGCCAAGCUCGAGCGCACCAUUGAGCGGGAGCUUGUCGAGAGGCUCCGCCGCGGCGCUUACGGCGACCAGCCCCUCAACGUGAGCGAGACCAUCUGGAAAAAGGUGCUCAACGCCAUGGAGCGCGAGGGCGAGGGCAUGAGAGACGAGGACAUGGACCAGGGCAUCGACGAAGAAGACGAGGAAGAGCUGGAGGAAGAGGAGGAAGACGCCGAAAAGGUCGUCGAGUACGUGUCCGACCUGGACGAGAGUGACGAGGACCUCGAAGAGCUCCAGGACUGGCUGGAGAGCGACGAGGACCAGGAGGACGAAGACGAGGCCGACAGCGAGCAAGAGACGGAGAAGGCCGGCGCCAAGCGCAAGCGUGGCAAGGCCGUCAAGGCGACCAGCAAGCGCACCAAGCAGGCCGAGGGCGAGGGCGAACGCGAGCGCGCCAAGCUGACGCUGAAGAACGAGCUGGAGUGGUAA